GGCUGGUUUCUUGGACUCACUCCACUCUCCUUCUUCUUCCUCCUUUCAUCACAAUAUCUACCGUAUCAGUAACACACAACAUGGAGGUCAUAUCACCGUUGACCACCCAACCAAACCCUUUUGUGGUCACCAUCCCAUUUGCAUGGGAGGACAAACCCGGUGUUCCCAACCCAUUUUAUACAUUUCUUGAUCAAGAUUUUGCAUUUGAUGUUAGUCAAGAGUUUGUUAGUGAUUCGGUUCCGGCUGAAGAGUUAUUCGAUGGUGGUGUGAUCAAGUUUUCAUCUUUUGGUGAUUUACCACCUUCUUCUAGAAGUAGAAGAACACAGUCUUUGUCUACUCAUAGGGGAUGGAAUGUUCCAUGGGAUGAACAAGAAGAAAAGGAGAUCAAACAACAAUCACCAGCAACAAAAAACGUAAAACCUCAGUUGGUUUCAUCGUUUUCGACUCUUUCAGCUUCUUCGUCUAGGAAAGGGUCGAAAAGAUGGAGCUUCAAGAACUUGUUUUUGUUUAGAAGUGCUUCGGAUGGGCGCGCUAUGGACCGCGAUCCGUUGAAGAAAUGCUCGGCCAUUUUUAGAAAACAUGAUGAGGAGUUUAUGAGAUCGAGUGUGAAGUCUAUGGAGCCCGGGGCACAUGGGUCUGAGUCGGGGUCGAAGAGGAGGGGACCGGUGUCGGCUCACGAGUUACAUUAUAAGGUCAACCGGGCGGUUGCGAAUGACAUGAAGAAGAAAACAUUCUUGCCAUAUAAACAAGGUAUUCUAGGAAGAUCAGCAUUCAAUCCAAGUGUUCAUGCACUUUCAAAUGGGUUUGGGGUUGCUCAUCAUAAUAGGGAAUGAAUUUUGUUAUUUUUGUGUUCGGUGAGAAAUGAUUAUAGCAUUUUAAUUA